AUUUAGUUGGGGCCGGGGGUAGCUAAACAAGUAACGGAUAGACCAAGGCAAGAAUUGAACGUUACAUUUACUGAUUCACCUCUCUCUUUCUCUUUCUCUUUCUCUCUCAAAUUCAUCACAGUUUCUUCAAGUCAAGCAAGCAAUCGGAUUACACACCGACCCCAUUUCCCCCAUUAUUAUUAUUCAUCUGUAAAAGCAAUCUCUUCACUAGUUGUGGGGGUAACAACGCGACCCAAACAACGAAACCGAUUGCGACUUUUAGAGAGAGAAACUACAUCCAGAUACUGGAGAUUUCAUCUACCUUCAAUAGCAAACGUUCUGUUUUGGGAGAGUUGAAGCUGAUACAAAAUGGGGUUGAUUUCUGGAAUACUGAUGGGGACUGUAUUUGGGAUUGCGAUUAUGGCUGGUUGGCGGCAGAUGAUGAGAUAUCGAAGCAGUAAACGAAUUGCCAAGGCAGUUGACAUAAAACUCCUUGGAUGUCUCAACAGAGAUGAUUUGAAGAAAAUCUGUGGUGACAACUUUCCAGAAUGGAUAUCUUUCCCUGUUUAUGAACAGGUGAAAUGGCUGAAUAAACAAUUGAGCAAACUCUGGCCAUAUGUUGAAGAAGCAGCUCGAAUAAUAAUCAAAGAUUCUGUUGAGCCUUUAUUGGAAGAUUAUCGCCCACCUGGAAUUACAUCAUUGAAGUUCAAUAAACUCUCUCUUGGAACUGUAGCACCAAAGAUUGAAGGUAUCCGUGUUCAAAGCCUUAAAAAAGGUCAAAUAACAAUGGACAUUGAUCUUCGUUGGGGUGGUGAUCCAAAUAUUGUUUUAGGAGUUGAAGCUGCACUUGUUGCUAAUUUACCUAUUCAGCUGAAAGAUCUGCAAGUUUUUACAGUUGUUCGUGUCAUUUUCCAACUCUGUGAGGAAAUCCCUUGCAUUUCUGCUGUUGUUGUUGCUUUACUUUCCGAGCCGAAGCCAAGAAUUGAUUAUACAUUGAAGGCUAUUGGUGGAAGUUUAACUGCCAUGCCUGGACUUUCUGAUAUGAUUGAUGACACUGUAAAUACAAUAGUUUCAGAUAUGCUUCAAUGGCCCCACAGGAUCGUUGUUCCCAUUGGUGGUGUAGGUGUGGAUACAAGUGAUCUGGAGCUGAAGCCACAAGGGCAACUGACAUUAACAAUUGUGAAGGCAACAAAUUUAAAAAAUAUGGAAAUGAUUGGAAAAUCUGAUCCUUAUGUCACUGCUUUUAUUCGUCCACUUGAAAAAUUCAAAACAAAAGCUGUUGACAACAACUUGAACCCUGUUUGGAAUCAUGUACUUCAGUUGAUUGUAGAAGACAAGGAAACCCAAUCCGCUAUUCUCGAGGUUCUGGAUGAAGAUAUUGGGCAAGAUAAGCGAUUGGGAAUUGCAAAAUUAUCUCUAAUUGGCAUUCAACCAGAAAUCGAAAAUGAAAUUGAAUUGAAGCUUCAACCUUCACUUGAUAUGCUCAAGAUCAAAGAUAAGAAAGAUAGAGGAACUCUCACAGUCAAGGUGAAGUACCAUGAGUUUACAAAAGAAGAACAAGAUGUUGCUAUGGAAGAAGAGAAGAGGAUACUUGAAGAGAAAAAGAGACUUAAAGCCGAGGGUAUAAUCGGAAGUACAAUGGAUGCGAUUGAUGGAGCUGCGGGGUUGGUGGGGUCCGGGGUUGGGUUUGUGGGUGGUGGAGUUGGGGCUGGGGUUGGGCUUGUUGGAAGUGGGCUUGGGGCGGUUGGUAGUGGGCUCAGUAAGGCUGGGAAGUUUAUGGGCCGGACUAUUACUGGAACUGGUAGCUCUAAAAAGAGUGGGGCGUCAACUCCGGUCAAUACUGUUGAAGAAAAUGGUGGUGCAAAACCAAGGAUUUUAUAA